AUGAUGUGGCACCAGCCGCUUGCUCGCCAGAACACUCAACUGCCGGUCAUUCUCAGCUCUCUUGCCAGCCUGCCCGCGAUCACCUGCUCCUACAGUAAGGAUGAGCAGGUCGCCAUCUUCACAGCCAACCUCAAGGUGCUGCAGUCCAUGGCCGAACUUCUCCGGGCGGAAUGCGGCGUCAGCUUGGAGGAUAAUCGCUACGUCUUCGUGGGCUGCGAGGAGAUACCUGGCUUCGAGUCUGUUGCGCUGGGACAACAUGGAGACUCACGCACAAUGGAAGCUGGCCUCUGCAAGAAGGCUGCGGAAGUUCUGGAGCAGCACCCGAAGGUCAGGGCCUUUCUUUUGGAGAGCAAUGAGUUGCCUCGUUACGCCGAUGCCCUCCGCAAAGCUACCGGCAGGCCCAUCUUCGAUGCGAUGACGCUUUGCGACUUCUACAUCGACAGCCACUUAGACAACCCCCGGUUCGGAAUCAAAGACUGGGACGACGCGCUCAACAAGAAGAGUGCGGAGUUUGACUUCGGCCAGUCCCUCUCAGUGGCCGCAGAGCUCAUCACGAAGCCGGUGCUGCUGGCACGAGACGCGGCGAUGCAGGUGUACGCCGCUUCCAUGCAGCACGCGGUGUCAAUGAUGACACGAAGCCGUCGCCAGGGCAUCAAGCUGGGCGUGAUUCGUUUGGACUACCACUAUGAGCCAGCCCCUGGGGACGUGGACCACCCAGGCAGCUAUGCCUACGAAGUGCACUACCAGAUGGUGCCCGGGCUGACCUUCGAGUUGUGCCAGUCGGGCAAGAUGACGCCCCAAGUGGAGGCGGAGCUCCUCAAGGGGAUCAAGGCCCUGGAGGCCAAGGGAGUCUCCGUCAUCACCGGCGACUGCGGCUUCAUGAUGUGGUACCAGGAGCUCGUCCGGAAGAACACCAAGCUCCCCGUCAUCAUGUCCUCGAUGGCCACACUGCCCGCUAUCACCAACUCCUUCCACAAAGGCGAGCAGAUUGCGAUCUUCACGGCCAACGGCAAGUCGCUGCUGCCUAUGGAAGGCCUGAUCAAGGAAGAGUGUGCCGUGGACCUGAAGGAUGACCGCUACGUGUUCGUGGGGUGCGAAGACAUCCCCGGAUUUGAGGCGGUUGCCUUGGGUGAGAAGGUGGACGUGCGCAAAGUGACGCCGGGCAUGGUCAAGAAAGCGCAGGAAGUUCUCCAGGCUCACCCGAAGGUCAGGGCCAUCCUCAUGGAAUGCACGGAGCUUCCGCCCUACUCCGAUGCCGUGCGGCAUGUGACCGGUGUUCCAGUAUUCGACGCCAUCACGGCCUGCGACUUCUAUAUCUCGAGCCAUCUCGACAACGUGAAGAUGUCCGUUGACCUGGCAAACCAAUUCUGGAUGAUUUGA